AAACAGAGCCACACACAGACACACACUGUCACACGUCAUCACACACACACACAUACACACGCGCUGUUUUAGUGUUCCGCUCCUCGGUCAACGUGCGUUAUGAAGCGCGUGCCUGGAUAACAACCGGUGUGGUGGCUUUUUCUCUUUUUUUUUUUCGUUUUGGUGGUGAAAGUGACAUUUCCGAGUUUUUUUCUUCUUCUUGUUCUUCCUCGAGUUGAAUUGGAUUUUACUUUAUAAUGAUUUUGGAUAUGCGCAAACGGGAUGAAGAGAAGUCCUUUCCUGCCCGCCGAAGUAAAAUAAAAUAGGGUUUCAUUUACAGCGGACUUAAUCCUCUCGUUCCCUAUGAAGAAGUCAAAAAUUUGGAUACGUACCUGUGUCCAUUUGUUGCUUUACAUCACGGUUGCUGCCUAUUCCAGUGAAAUCGGAAAUCCCAUAACAGAUGACAUCAAGAAAAUUUCAUUGUUGAAACAGAAUAUUCCAAAAGACUACAAGAUCACCGUACAAUAUUUGCCUAAAGAAGUGAGUGGUAUGUGCUGGGUGAAGCUCAACGUAUUCCACUUGGAGGCGAGUUUAAAAGACCUGGCCCAGAAGUUUGGGAAUAUUUCUUCCAACAAAGAUUACAUAGAAACAUUUGUCCAGAUGUUACAAGAGAUGCGAUAUAUCAUCGGACAACACUUGGAGGAUUCCAUGCUGGAGUUUCAGUGCCACUACCGAGAAGAGAAAUGGCUCACGGCGCGCUAUUUCCAAUUUGUGGAGGACUUUUUUAACACGGCCAACUUGUUGAAAGGAGACAAAGACUGCGAGCCUCCACCGUGCCCCACUACGAUAAAAACCACCACAGCGAGGACAACGACAACGGUGGCAACAGAGUCGCCUACACAGCGUCAUUCGCAAUCCGGUAGCCAAUCUUCCGAGAGUGUGAAUGAAGGCUCCUUGGAUCCGAGGACCUUUCCGGAGGCGGUGAAGACGAGUCUCUUUUCCCUCCUUUUAAUUCCCGUCAUCGCUGCAGUGUUCCUGCUCGUCUGGAAGGUUAGAUCCAGAAAAAACGCCCCCUUGCCACAGAGUAGUACAGAAGAUCCACCGCUGUUUAUCGGAGCCAAGCCCAGCGCUCCACCGCUAGAUGAUGAAAUAUCUGAAAACAAAAGAUUAAACAACAUCUGCACAGUGUAACCCAACCCAUCUUCAUCAUAACCGAUUGUACAGUUGGAUGAAAAGGCAGCAACUCAAGAUCCACACAUGUAACUUCCUAUUCUCUCAGCUACGAGGGACGAGCACUGACCUCGAAGAAUGAAGAACUGAGUUACGAUGAGGUUUCUGUGAACAAUGGUCGCACCUUUUCUGUGGUAGGAGGUUGGAGGAGGAGGAGGAAGAGGUGGAGGAAACAUUGAUGACUUGACUGUGAUCCAUGCAUGGAGAUCGCACAAGAGGGGAAAAGAAAAACUCUGUCAGAUCCACCUGAAAAGCGUUAGUUCAUCGCAGAAUAAUCCGGAACAAUUGCAAAGAAGAAGAAGAAGAAGAAGUGAAGGCAAGAACCGACUGCAUCUCGUCCUCUUCCCUCCUGCUUCCUGAUUGGUAGAGUUCUCUCGCUCUUUGUGUCUGAGCUUUGGGCGUCCUACUUGUUUGAAUAAUUUCCAUAACAAAAAAAUAUUAUUCUUCAGUCGUUUCUUCUGAAUUGUGUAUCUGAUUUUUUUUUUUUUUAAUGUCGCUUAACUGGUGGUGUGGACUUAAUUUAUUUAUUUUGUUUCUCAGAAUAUGUUCUAAAAGUAAGAGUUUUUUUGCUGCUCCUGCAUGGUUCGUCGGGCAACGAGGUCAUGGAAGUGCUACGCUCCAAUCCUGUGCUCCUUAAACUGCAGCUGUCGCACUAUAACACUAGCCCUUGGGCCAUCUAAUUACUGUCAAAUCUUUCUUACUUUUAAAACCUGUUCGCUGCAUUCACAGAAUUCAUAACAGAGGCUUCAUGCGGAGCUUCGCACCCAGCUGUGUUCCGCCAGUUCGACCCACGAUUCGAUUCAGCUUUCGAUUCAGCUUUUGCACACUGCUCACAGUUUAAAUAGCUGCCGACUAAACACCAAAAACUCUCAGAUUAACACCUGAUUCUGUUUAUAAAUUCAGCUUAAUAUAGGUUUUUAUUUUGCAGCUUAUAUCACAACACCGAACAGCUUUUCGCUCGGAACGUUUCACAAAAACAUGUGUGUCUGAUUUCUUACCAUCUUACACAUUGAACUUUAUUUAAUCCUGUGCCUUUUGUUAAAGGAAGUUCCCAUUACACUGAUCCUGGAUAAGCAGCCAUAGUGUGUGUGUGUGUGUGUUUGUGCAUGUGUGUGCAUGUGUGUGUGUGUGUGUGCAAUAUUUGUAAUAACAGAGCAUUAAACUUAAUCAUUCACCAGUGCCGAAGAGUCGACUCUUUCGAAUCAAAUCUUGGUCGGCCAUUUUGUUCAAAACCAGAUAAACAAUUUUUAAAAGUGUGUGUGGGUGUGUGUGGGUGUGUAAUAUUUGCGUAAUUAAAACACUGUGUGUGACACUAAACAUGGAGGGUGUUUUAACUUGCACUGUUCUCACUGAGUCAAAUCAUUUGGUUUAACAAUACUCAAGAGUUGACUCUGUUGGAUCCCAGUUGAUCUUUUUGUUUGCAACCAGACAAACAAAUUUGCCGUUUUUUUGUUUUGUCUGGUAUAUACGAUGACGCAAAAGACAAAUUUCAGCAACAUAUCAACAGAAUUGAAUUUCUUUAACGCUUUAAUGCUUUGCCCAGUGUUACUUCUAGCUCUAAGACUAUAAAAUUGAUGGGAGGUACAGCGUGCUUCAGUGUCUAAAUGCACAGAGAGUUCAUUUUCCUCGUAAGGAUCCCCCUAUGUAGGGGGAAAAAAUUAAUGUUGAAUGUUGACCAUUUACAUAUAACCCAAAUUAUAAUUUUUUUUUUUUGCCAAUGCUUACAAUUGUAAAUGUUUUAAUAUCUAAAAUGAAUUAAAUAAAAUGGAUUAUAUGCCGGUUUUCCCGUGCUAUAGCGAUUUAUAGCUACAUUUAACUACAUUGGGGAAAACAUUUGUUAAAGCCAGCAGCUCUUUUUUCCUCUCUCGAAUAAAUAAAUAAAGAGACACAAUAACUUAGCGUGAAUUUGAGCGCUGACACUGGAGACUCCUUCCGUAAAUCUUAUGUCAGAGAUGUCUCCUUACAGAAAUCUUCAUCAUGCCACAACUCCUCCUUGGUCUGUUUGCUUUGGAUUGUUACCAUAGAAAUGAUAAUUAACUAUUAAACCAAGGUCAUUAAUGUAAACCUGCGAUCUCGGAGAUGAUUCAGAUGUCAGAGUAAGAAGAGUGCCGCUGUAGAAAUAUCGCUCCUGGCGAACAACGGCUGUAAAUCAUGUUAGUUUUGUAACCUUAAAGUCAAGCGUUACCAAACAGUGUGUGAGUUUGCUCUUCUCAAGCUUCAGAAUGGCUUCAGGCUGAAUGUGACUCAUCUCCAGCGCUAUGUUUGUGUAUAUGUGUGUGUGUGUGUGUAUGUGUGUGUGUGUGUGUGUGCAUGCACAAAUUAGUAUCAGAAAUGUGCAUGCCCUUUUUUUUCCCUUCUUAUUCUGCUCCUCAGAACCCAACGUGUACAUAUCGCUUUUUCUAACAGCUAUCAACAAAUGUAAUACGUUUCAGAUGAUGCUCUGCGAUUCGUUAAAUUUAUUGGUUUUUUUCCUUCUUUCAUAACCGGAACGAUCCUCUCAUGGGAUGCGUUCUCUCAUGGGUUGUAACGAUCUGUGUGGGAAUGAACUGUUGCUGUUGCUGCUGCUGUUGCUGCUUCGAUGCAUUUAUACCACUUUUUUAAUAACUUAUAUAUAUAUAUAUAUAUAUAUAUAUAUAUAUAUAUAUAUAUAUAUAUAUAUAUAUAUAUAUAUAUAUAUAUAUAUAUGUGUGUGUGUGUAAAAAGCAAAAUGCUGGUAUAAAUCUGUUUCCCUGAUCAUGCAUCACCACUAAGUUUCCUCUGGAGUGACGGCCUGGAACGCCGCAAGAAGCCUGAAACUGAAACCUGCUCGUUUUGGAACGUUUACAGCCUUUUAUUCAUUACGGCAGCGACUCGAAACUGUUUCUCUUUUUGUUUUUCAUUUAAAUACACGUUUUUAAAACUAUCCUCUUUCACCAGAACUAAUCAAUGUAUUGACUUCUAUACCAGUAACGGAAUAAAAGAUGAUGUUGUGUGAGAACUAUUUACCCAUCGGACAUGAAAUACGUGUAGAAAUACUGCAGUACUGCUUUUUUUUUAUCGAUGUAGAAAAGAAAUUUGCCGAUGUUACAAAAGUGUGUAUGCGCAUGUGGUCAAGUGUUCUUGUUGUGUUGUUUUGUGUUGUUGUGAUUAAAUGGGAUUAGUUUUGAUAUUGUGCAAAAUGUUAACGAGUCCCAUUCAGGAGCAAUGGUGUUUCAUUGUUCUUUGUAACGGAGAGGAAUUUAAAAAGAAAUGAAUAAACAAACAAAAAACAACACAACCACAUGUAACGAGUUAAAGAAGAAUAGUUGUACCACAAGACUAAUUAUCAUAGACAUUCUUACCGAGACUUUAUUGCAUAUUAUUUUCAACAUUUUGUUGGUGUGGAGAAAGGCCUAAGCUGUGAAACUUUAAAUGGCGGCAUCCUUUUUUUUUUUUUUUAAAUCGACCCUCCUAAGAGCCUCUGACCUCACAUCUUCGGACAGCAUGCAACACGCCAUGGACUUGCCGAAGGCCGUCAUGUAUCUGAGACUGAUUUCUGCCGCAUGUGUGUGUGUGUAGAGUAUGCGAACACUUCAUCUGGGACAAACCUUCGUGUCUGGACGUGAGGUUUAUUAAAAAAUAGCAUGUCCUUCGCGGAGUCACAGGAACAAGAAGACUCACGUGGCACAUGUCACCUGACGUUAAAAAAAUAAUAAAAUAAAAUAAACAGUUAAAACCCGUUCCUGCACGUUUGGACUGCAGCAAGAAGGCUCUUAGUCAAGGAAGAUAGUCAGGGUGCCAAAAGAUAUAAGUAAUUGUGGCCCAGGUGAUGUGAUAUCUGGGUGACAGUCUACUGUAUUCUGUAUUUUUAUAUGAAUAUAUGCAUAUAAUGAAAAUAUAUGUAUGAGAUGUGAAUAAAGUACAUUUAUCCAA